AUGGUUGGAAUGGUGCCCACAAAUAUUCCCUCCAUAGAGACUUUUUGGGGUUCAAAUAUGCAAGUUCUUCAAGGCUUGAUUUCUUCACCAUUGACAUAUUAUUUUCAUGGCAUUGAGCCGGCUUUAAACCCAAAAAACUCAAUUGAACCUGUUGAUGAGAAUGUUGCUCGUGGAAAUGAAUUCAAUCUUAAACGGAUGGAAAAGCUGAAGAGAAAA